AGGGGCCCCAGGUCCCUCUCUUUUGGGCUGAGGUUCUGAGGUCCCUGGGCCCCGUCCCUAGCUUCUGGGAGACUCCUCUAGGCAGGGUGGCGCCUGGGGCUUCUGUGGGAGGGUGACUGCGUGCCUGUCCCCCAGGGUCACUGGCGGGGAGCUGUUUGAAGACAUCGUGGCCCGGGAGUAUUACAGUGAGGCUGAUGCCAGUCACUGUAUCCAGCAGAUCCUGGAGGCCGUGCUGCACUGCCACCAGAUGGGGGUGGUGCACCGGGACCUGAAGCCGGAGAACCUGUUGCUGGCCUCCAAGCUCAAGGGCGCUGCCGUGAAGCUGGCGGACUUUGGCCUGGCCAUAGAGGUGGAGGGGGAGCAGCAGGCAUGGUUUGGGUUUGCAGGGACACCUGGAUACCUCUCCCCAGAAGUGCUGCGGAAGGACCCAUACGGGAAGCCUGUGGACCUGUGGGCCUGCGGGGUCAUCCUGUACAUCCUGCUGGUUGGAUACCCCCCAUUCUGGGAUGAGGACCAGCACCGCCUGUACCAGCAGAUCAAAGCCGGUGCCUAUGAUUUCCCAUCACCAGAAUGGGACACCGUCACCCCAGAAGCCAAGGAUCUGAUCAAUAAGAUGCUGACCAUCAACCCAUCCAAACGCAUCACAGCUGCCGAGGCCCUCAAGCACCCCUGGAUCUCGCACCGGUCCACUGUGGCCUCCUGCAUGCACAGACAGGAGACCGUGGACUGCCUGAAGAAGUUCAAUGCCAGGAGGAAACUGAAGGGAGCCAUUCUGACCACAAUGCUGGCCACCAGGAACUUCUCUGGAGGGAAGAGUGGAGGGAACAAGAAGAACGAUGGUGUGAAGAAAAGAAAGUCCAGUUCCAGCGUUCAGUUAAUGGAGUCUUCUGAGAGCACCAACACCACCAUUGAAGAUGAAGACACCAAAGUGCGGAAACAGGAAAUUAUAAAAGUGACAGAGCAGCUGAUUGAAGCCAUAAGCAAUGGAGAUUUUGAGUCCUACACGAAGAUGUGCGACCCCGGGAUGACGGCCUUCGAACCCGAGGCCCUGGGGAACCUGGUCGAGGGCCUGGACUUCCAUCGAUUCUAUUUUGAAAACCUGUGGUCCCGGAACAGCAAGCCUGUGCACACCACCAUCCUGAACCCCCACAUCCACCUGAUGGGGGACGAGUCCGCCUGCAUCGCCUACAUCCGCAUCACGCAGUAUCUGGAUGCGGGCGGCAUUCCCCGCACCGCCCAGUCAGAGGAGACCCGCGUCUGGCACCGCAGGGAUGGCAAAUGGCAGAUUGUCCACUUCCACAGAUCCGGGGCGCCCUCUGUCCUGCCCCAUUGAAGGACCAGGCUGGGGUCGCCGCGUUGCUGUGUCGCAAGGGUCCACUCCUUGUUCGUGGAAUGUGCUGCUGGUUCUCCCACUUGGAUCUUGCUGGAAUUCUCCCCAUCACGUUGUCCCACCACCGCCACUGUCAACUCUGUACCUGCAUCAAGAAAACCUGCUGUUCACAAAGCCAUCACGACUGCAGAGCAAAUGGCCAGGUCUCCCAGCCCCAGUUCUCAGUCUCCGCUCUCCCUCCGCCAGGGUGGGGCUUCCUCAGGCCCCGGGGCCCAGGGUGCUGGCCCCAGGGACCCCCAACCUCUACCUGGCUGUUGUUGGCCUAGUCUGGCCUUGGCUGUAGGCAGAAAUGCCCCAGCCGUGUGUUCAGGGAAAAGGAGGGGCAUGUGCUGAGGAUCUCUCCUCCUCUGGGGUCCCUGGGGAAGGGCAGAUGAACACCCCAAGUCUCCAGAGCCAAACUCCCCUGUGGGAGAGGGUAAGAGAGGAGCAGACACUAGGAGCCCCUGCUUCAAACUGCUUCCUGACCCCCUGCUGGCCUGCACUGCCCUCCCUCGAGGUUGGUCAGCAGACCUGGCCCCCCAUGUGGACAGUCCCACCCCUCAGGUGUCCCCACUUGCUGCCUUCCAACGCUAACCCACCACCUGCCCUCCCAUGGUCCCUGGAGAAUUCCGGCUUGGUCCUGUCUGAGAGGGGAUCUGGUUGUGUUUCAGGGUCAAAAGAAAGCAACGUUUAGGUAUCACUUCUACUUGGACCGCAUGCCUUUUUAUAGCCAAACUUCUGUGUAUUUCGUAAAUGGAUUUUGCGUUGAUGGAUAUUUAUGUAAUAACUAGACCUCUCAAAUUAUUGUGAGAAGGGUUGGGCUGGCAAGAGGGGGGGUGGGAAGAGGGAUGAGGGGGUAGUUUUUAUUCUGUUCUAGACUUUUUUUGUUUUCUUCUUCUUUUGUCAUUUCUGAGAUGGACCUUGUCACCUGUGGUACUCUGAGGCCAAGGGGGGCUCAGCCCAGGGAUCAUGGUCUCUCUGCCAUUCUGGUCUGAGGUGAGCCAACACAGGCUUUCCUCCCAGGAUGGGGGAGYAUCCGAUGCCAGUGUGACUAGGAGAUGGCAAGGCAGAGCAGGGAGCAGGGAGGUUGGCAGGAUGGAAACAUCCAGGCUCUGUUUUGCUACUCCCUCAAAACUCGGUCCUAUGACUGCACUUCCCAGGAUCUCAUCCCAUCUGUCUGUGCAGCCCUCGUACCUCUGAGGGCCCCGGGAACAUGUGUCCUCACUGCCUCUCUCCCCCUGGCAUCUGGUGGUCAAAGCAGAGCCCUGGAAAUGUCUACUUGCCACGCCUCCUCCUGGACCUCAGGCUCUCCUCCUCUCUGCUCRCUUCUCCUCUCGCCCACCCUCUUCCCCUGGGAUUGACUCUGGUGUGAGUGCCUUGGCACGUCCAUGGGGAUCUGCUGUCUGCACUGUUCUCUUUGCAUGACUUUAUAUGCAGUAAGUAUGUUAAAAACAAAAAUGAAAAGAAGAAAAACAGCAAAAUCAAUCUACAUGUUUUGGACAAAAUAAUAAUCAUAAUAAUAGAGGUUGUAUUCUCAGUGUCCRAUUCGGGAUUAUGUUGCUGCCUCUCCGUGCUUCUGGCCUCUGUGUGGCCGUGUUUUGCCAGCAUGAGAUACUGUCCCCUCGGGAGGAUUUCAGGGGAGGAAGAGCCACAUCUCCAGGGUUUUGGGAGGAGGCUCUGGGUAUUGGGAGGAGUGGAACUGGUGAGGUCAUUUAAUCCAGAAUUUUCUGCCUUUCCCUAUCACGAGCUGUCUGCUGGGUUCCUUUUUCAGUCCUGCUGCCCAAGGACRGGUGAGACAGGCUGGGCUGCAGGCCAGGAAAUUGGCUGCCGAAGCCUCCUGUUUCCAAGCUGGUCUAUCGCUGGCCUCUGCAAGUUCCUUUGCAGAGACCCUGAUGCCCAGGCCUCAGGGUGGGCUCUUGGCCUGCCCCAGGUCCAGAGGGCCUCUCAGUACUGUCCAGUGAUCCUAUCAUCCCAGCAGCAAAACCACCUGUCCCUCUGUGAAUUGCCAGGUCCCCCCCAGCCAUCCCCAGCCAAAGCUGAGGGUGUGUCCUUCACCAGGGGAUGCUGCAAUUACCGAGCAAGUUCUGGUCCCUUCUCCAGCCUCAGUUUCCCCAUUGGUUAAAAGGGUUAAGUGUUCCCACUCAAGCUGAUGGAGGAUCACACAGAUGGUGACAUGAAGCCCAUCUCGCCUGUGAGAACUUCCAGGCUUCCUCCCUGACUGGCCUCUAAUUUGCUUCUGGGCCUGGCCAGUCCCCACCCUCUGCCCCGCUGGCCCCUCGGUCCCCUCUUUGGUGCCAUCUGCUGCUCAUCAGCAGUGGCUGCGGGGGGAAAGAGAAGUGGUAGGAGGGUUAGGAGGCUUCAAUUCCCAGCUCUGACCAGACUUGCAGUGUGACCUUGGGCCCAUCCUUUCCCGUCUCUGCACCUUGGUUUCCCUACCAGAGGAAGCUGAGCAGAAGGACCCCAAGGUCCUACCUGUCAUUGGCCGACACACCGCCUGCCCACCAUGUGCCUCUCCAAGUGCUAGAGAAGUGGAGGCAGGUUCCUGCCCCAGGCCGAGAUGGCCCCCAAUGUGGAGGUGGGUGGGUGACCGCCUGGUGUAGACCCCRAGGCCCCACAGUGACCCUGAGGCAGCAGGCGGGAGAAACGGGCAGAAAAAGCUUCCCAGAGCCCACCCUCACCAGUCUCCAUGCUCCUCCCAAACACCCUUUAGAUGCAAAAAAUAAAAUUAAAAAAAAAAAAAAACAAACCCAAGCCAAAACCCAGACUCCA